AUGGCCAAUCUUUCAUCAAGCACGCGUGUGCUUUUGUUCACUGGCCGGCGGCGCUUUGCACGAUGCGCCGAUUCAAGCCUUCGUUUCCCAGUCCAAGGAUCGCUUUCCGCACAACGACGAAGGAAUUCCACUGGAAACGAUGGAUUCAAUGCGCCCAAAGGCUUCAAGCCGCGCACUGCGACAUCUACCGAGCCCACAGCCUCCACUGCAAGCCGGUUAUUCCGCUCCGAAGCAUCGCGCAAAGGCCUGGACUCGAAACCUGAUGAGCCAGCACCGAAAGGCCGGCCCUCUAUCGAUACCUGCGGGCAGUAUUUCAACAGCGAAGAGUAUUAUCGCUACUACCUCCGCCCUUCCAAGCCAUACCAUGGAUUCGAGGCGCCCGGACAUUGGCUGACCAAGAUCGAUGUCAACACCAUCCGAGAGGAACUGCCGGUCGCAUUGCAAGAGCGACCGCUUGACUUCUUCUCAAGCCCUUCCCGGGAUAUGACCAUGGCGAGAAGAUGUCUCGAAGUUUGGUCCACGAAUGUCGAGUGCUCUAGACAAGGGAUACGCGAGAAGAUUUCAAGUGCUCGUGCUGGGUCUGCCGCUGAGGCGUGGCUAAUGGAAGACUUUGACUCUGCUGAUCUCAGCGCAGACCUUGGAGUUGGCUUUCUGAGACCGCUGGUUCACUGUCUGGUCGCAGAAGAGAAGCAGUGCAAUAUAUGGGCAUGGCUGAGGAGUCCACGCAGCCCUCGAGUGCUUUCGUCGCAGUCUGCAUAUGAACGUGCCGUGUGGCGUACGGCAGUACUCCGUUUUCUCGUGGAGUCAGAAGCCUAUUGGGAUCCGGGAGGCAUCAACCAAUCUCUUCGAGCAUUCGACAAAGUGUGGAGUCUCGAGACGACCUCUGGACCUUCCCUUGUACGCGGCGAUAUGACUUUUGGAAAAUCAAUGGCUGGGCUCUGGAUAUUCAAACAGCUACUGUUUAACGGCGCGAACCGUGCUACUGACGUUGAACUUUAUGACAACUUCGUGUCAACAAUGCCACGUUGGAAUAAGCUCCAUUUCGGCUACGAGUUUAAUCGUGUGAGAUUGCUGCAAGUACAUCCUUCCAAGCCGGAUAUAUUGCUAUCGCUGGACUUCUUGCGACAAUGCCUUGAUGCAAUUCCUCGACCAGAUCACGUGCGGGAGUUUUUCAAGAAGUGGGUUGCAUAUGGAUUUCUGUGCGAUACAGCGAGAGCUCUUGAGCGUGCAGGUCUCAAAGCCGAAGCACGAUGGGUGCUUGAUAUCGGUCGUGCAGAAAUGCCAAAACAUUUCACACACAGUCCUCGCCUGAAUGCCCACACGGACCGAACGCCUAUGGUUCGUAUUCAUGAGGGGCUGACAAGUCAGCGACGACAGGUGGUCGACUCCGAGCGCGGGAAGAGAAGACAGGAGUACUUCGAUUAUAGGGCUCAACAAUAG